GAAACAAGAAAAUUGCUGCUUUGAAAAUUAGUUUGUUGUGACGACCCCGAACAAACUUGAAAAUUUUACAAUGGCAGAAUUGACCCUUUCACCCGAAGCUGCCGAAAAGACGGGUUACAAUUGUGCCGCUUGUGAGCGACCGGAUCACGCAGAGAAGGAUAUGGUGUUUUGUGACCAAUGUCAAAACUGGUAUCAUUUUGGAUGUGCCGGUGUAACGAAUGCGGUAAAGGACGAUUCAUCGUGGAUAUGCGGCAAGUGCAUGAAAAAUGCCGCUGGUAGUUCCGUGACGUCAGAGUUGGAGCAAGAAUUGAAAAGGCUCGAGGAAGAAAAAAGAGUCCAACAGCUAGCUAUGGAGAAGGAAAGAGUCCUGCAUAAACGGCGCCUGGAGCUGCAGCAGGAAAUGUUUCUGAUGCGAAAAAAACUGGAACAGGAGAAACGCGAAAUGGAGUUAGCCUUCGAAAAAGAGCAGUUGGAGAAGGAAAUCGCUGAGGAAGAAUCGUUCCAGAAGAAAAGUGAGCAGAUGAGAAAGGAGAUGCACGGUAAAUUGAAUAAGCUUAGACAGCAACGGAGCAAGGAUUUCGAUAGUGGUGUGAAAGAAAAAACGGAAGAAGCUGAAGGUUGUGAAGAUGAUUGCUCGAGUGACAAAGAAAAGCCGAAGCAGUCGGGACUGGAGAAAACAAAGCCAGGAAAAGCAGAAACCGAAAAAAAAAGGUCGGAAAAAGGCAAACCUGGGAAAAUGGAUCUGGUCGAGACUGGCAACGGAGAUUUUCGAGGAGCAUAUCAAAAAUACUCCACUCCAAAAACAUGUUUAGUUCCGUUGGUCACAUCGCCAUCAUUGGAGGAAAUUCCGCCUGUCGACGCGGAAUCCGUAAAAGGUGAUACACAGGAAAAGAUCGAAAGUAAGAAGAACGACGCGGUUUCAAAUGACGUGCGAGAAGCAAAUGAGGACGAUAGUGAAUCCAGCGAAUCAAAUGAGGAUCACGAAUCGGUGACAGUACAAGCUGGUCAAAACAAGCAACAAAGAUGUCGUCGAGGACCUACCAAAGCUCAGCUGUCCGCCAGGCAGUUCCUGUCGAAGAAGUUGCCGGUAUUUUCCGGAAAGUUAGAGGACUGGCCGAUGUUCAUCUGCAGCUACGAAACAUCUAGCGAGGCUUGUGGGUUUUCGAAUGUCGAGAACCUGGCUCGACUACAAGAGUGCUUGAAGGGCCAAGCAUUGGAAGCAGUUCGUAGUAGGCUCCUACUUCCAGACGCAGUUCCACAGAUCAUUGAGACUCUCCGGAUGUUGUACGGUCGCCCGGAGCACCUUCUAAAUAUGCUAUUGGUGAAGGUGAGAAAGGCUCUCCCACCGAGAGCAGAUCGUUUGAUAACGUUCAUCAAUUUCGGGAUGAUUGUCCAGCAGCUUGCAGAUCACCUGGAAGCAACGAAGCUUACUUCUCAUCUUCUGAAUCCCAUGCUGAUUCAGGAGAUUACCGAAAAGUUGCCCGCAAGUACACAACUUGAGUGGGUGCGGUAUAGAAGGAGAGACCGUGUAGUCACGAUUCGAACUUUAGCCAACUUUCUGUCCGAAAUCGUGAAAGACGCCAGCGAGGUGACGUCAUACUGUGAAGCACCUGUAGUUGUAGACCACGCCAAUCGAAAGUCCAGAGGAAAGGAUAAAGAGCACGAAGGUUUCCUCCAUGCCCACUGUGGACAAGAAAACGCCAACAAAACUCAGGCGCCGAGGGUGAGAAAGCCAUGUAUGAUUUGCGACCGUACUGAUCACCGGGUAAGAAAUUGUGUAGCCUUCCGGAACCUCUCCGUACCACAUCGUUUGGAAGCGGUGCGUAAAUGGAAGUUGUGCUCGAUGUGUCUCAAUGAGCAUGGAAAUGCCCGCUGUAAGCUGAAUUUCCGCUGUAAUGUCGGGACCUGUAGAGAGCCUCACCAUCCUUUACUCCACGCGGCAGGGCCGGAAUCGGGAUCGAACUGCAACUUUCAUUCGUUUCAACGCAAGCAAUCGGUGAUUUUUCGAAUGAUUCCGGUCACAUUGCACUGGGGAAAUCAUACAGUGAACACAGUGGCUUUCCUGGACGAGGGGUCGUCCUACACAUUGGUGGAGAAGUCGGUGGCUAGCGCUCUUAGGACGAAUGGUGUAACGCAACCACUUCGUGUGACGUGGACGGCUGGAAUGUCCCGAUUGGAAAGGAACUCGCAGAAAGUAGAACUGUAUAUUUCGGCUCGAGGUUCAAGUCGCCGGUUCCACAUAAAAGCAGCUCAUACCGUGGAUAACUUGAGGCUUCCCCAGUCGACGCUAGCCCUGACGGAAGUAGUCAAGCAGUAUCCCCAUCUUCAAGAUCUAUCCGUGGUGGAUUUCCAACAUACUGUUCCGCAAAUUCUGAUCGGACUGAAAGACGUUCACUUGUGUGCACCGUUAGAAUCACGAAUCGGGAAAGCGGAAGAGCCAAUCGCUGUGCGGUCCAAGCUUGGUUGGACCAUAUUCGGACCUGUAAGCGGUGGUGUUGAGUCGAGCAUCGUUGGUCAUCAUGCGUGCAGCAGUGUUUCGAACGAGGACCUCCACGAUCUGUUGAAGAGCCACUACACGCUAGAAGAGUCUGGCAUUUCGGUUGCGCUGCUACCGGAAAGCGAAGAGGAUAGGAGAGCGAAAGAUAUCCUGACGCAAACGACGGUAAGAGUAGGUGAUCGUUUUGAGACGGGGUUAUUAUGGAGAUAUGAUAGUCCGUGCUUCCCCGACAGCUAUCCUAUGGCUGUGAAAAGGCUCAAGAGUUUAGAGAGACGUUUAUUGAAGGACAAUGAACUGUACGAUAAAGUACGGUGCAUGGUCUCGGAGUACCUAACCAAGGGCUAUGCGCACAAAGCUUCAGAGUUGGAGCUAGCAGACACCAACCAGAGUAAGGUGUGGUAUUUGCCAUUGAACGUGGUUAUUAAUCCGAAGAAACCGGGUAAAGUCCGCCUUGUUUGGGACGCAGCUGCGGCUGUAGCUGGGGUGUCCCUGAAUUCAAAACUCUUGAAGGGUCCCGAUAUGCUGACUGCUCUCCCAGCAGUUAUUUGCAAGUUUCGAGAGAAAAAAGUGGGUUUUGGUGCAGACAUCAAAGAGAUGUAUCAUCAGUUGAAAAUUCGAAAAGAAGAUAAGCAAGCGCAGAGGUUCCUGUUCCGAGAGAAUCCAGCCAGCGCUCCGGAGGUAUUUAUUAUGGACGUUGCUACCUUUGGGGCGACCAGUUCACCUUGCUCCGCCCAGUUUGUGAAGAACAUGAAUGCAAAGGAGUUCGCAGGGCGGUUUCCAGAGGCAGCGAGAGCGAUUCUAGAGAACCAUUACGUCGAUGAUUAUUUCGAUAGCACGGAGACAGUCGAGGAAGCAGUGAAGCUGGCGAAGGAGGUAACGUUUGUUCAUUCAAAGGGCGGCUUCGAGCUUCGAAAUUGGGUCUCUAGUUCAGAGGUGUUCCUGCGAGAAAUGGGGGAGACAAAAGAAAAUCAAUGUGUUCAUUUUAAUCAAGACAAGGAAACAGGGCAAGAAAGGGUCUUGGGAAUAGUGUGGAAUUCAGUAAGCGACGAGUUUACGUUCUCAGCAAGGUUACGUGAAGAUUUGCUGCCGUACCUGAUAGGAGAGAGGCGGCCCACGAAAAGGGGGGUCAUGAGCUGCAUCAUGAGCUUGUUCGAUCCCAUUGGGUUUUUGGCUUCCUUCACUAUUUAUGGAAAAAUGCUUAUUCAAGAUCUUUGGCGCAGUGGAUGUGCCUGGGACCAGCAGAUCAACGACGAGUGUAGCGAGAAAUGGAAUCGUUGGGUCGGUCGGCUUCCAGAAAUCGAAAGAGUGCGGAUCCCUCGUUAUCACUUCACGGGAGGAUUAUCUGUGGACUACAGUACGUUGCAACUACACGUUCUUGUCGAUGCUAGUGAGAAUGCAUAUGGUGCUGUUGCAUAUUUCCGUGUCAUGACUGCUUCUGGUCCUAUUUGUUCGCUUGUGAUGGCACGUUCCAAGGUUGCACCUUUGAAGCAGCUGUCAAUUCCGCGCCUGGAACUACAGGCCGCGGUACUAGGUUCUAGAUUGCUAAAUUCCAUCAUCGAUAACCAUUCCGUAGAGGUGAAACAGCGGUUUAUUUGGACAGAUUCGAGGACAGUACUUUCUUGGAUCCACUCGGAUCAGCGACGCUACAAGCAAUUCGUUGCUUUCCGAAUUGGUGAAAUCCUUAGUCUCACGAAGCUCGAUGAAUGGCGGUGGGUUUCCACUAGAAACAACAUCGCUGACGACCUAACCAAAUGGGAUCGAGGACACAAUCUAAAUUCGAACGGUCCUUGGUUUCGGGGUCCACAUUUCCUGUUCCAUCAGGAAGAUUCCUGGCCAGAACAGAAGCGCGUAACACCGAAUGUGCCUGAAGAGAUACGUGCCCACAUACUGUUCCACGACAUUUCACUGUCAGAACCUGUAAUCGAUCCGUUGCGUUUUUCAAGAUGGAAGGUCUUAGUUCGAACGAUAGCCUGCGUCUACCGGUUUGUUUCGAACUGCAAGCGAAAAAAGGAAGGAUGGGCCAUCGAAGGUGUACCAACGACCGAUGCUCUCAAGAGAAAAGUAAAGGCAAAAAUUGCAUCUACGGUAGUUCCUUUGCAACGAGACGAAUACCAAAAAUCAGAAGCAUAUUUGUGGCGAUUCGCACAAGCGGAAGCAUACGGGGAUGAGGUGAAAACUCUCCAGAAAAAUCUUAAAGUGGGGAACGAGAAACAACGACAGCUGGAAAAAUCGAGCAGUCUAUACAGUCUGAGCCCAUUCUUGGAUGCACAGAACGUUCUUCGGAUGGAAGGGAGAACCGCACAAGGUACGUUCUUACCGUUCGAACUACGUUUCCCAAUUAUACUCCCUAAAGGACAUCCAGUUACCGUUAAACUUCUGGAACAUUAUCAUCAGAGAGUGGCACACGGCAAUCAAGAAACGGCGGUAAAUGAAAUACGACAAAGGUUUUGGAUUCCCAAUCUCCGAGCGGAACUCAAACGUAUUUCAAGAGCUUGCAUGCGAUGCAAGGUGAGGAAAUGUGAGCCAGGUCAUCCGAGAAUGGCUCCUCUUCCGAUUUCGCGGAUCUCGCCUGGAUUGCAGCCGUUCAGCUACACAGGGGUGGAUUAUUGUGGUCCAUUGACUGUCUCCGUCGGGCGCAGAUCAGAGAAAAGGUGGAUUUGUUUGUUCACGUGUUUGACGACGAGAGCUAUUCACAUUGAGGUUGCUCAUAGUCUGACGACUCAAUCGUGCCUGAUGGCCAUACGGCGAUUCGUGAGCUACAGAGGAGGUCCUCUUGAAUUCUUCUCAGAUAAUGGGACGAAUUUCCAUGGCGCCAGCAAAGAAAUUGUUAAGCAGAUGGAGAUUAAUUGUGAAGAUGUGUUCACCGAUUCGAGAACCAGAUGGAAUUUCAAUCCGCCUUCCGCACCUCAUAUGGGUGGGGUGUGGGAGCGAAUGGUGCGCUCCGUUAAGACGGCGUUGAAAGCGUUGGAUGAUGGCCGCCGAAUGACGGACGAAGUACUCCUGACCGUGUUGGCAGAAGCGGUGGAUUUAAUCAAUUCUCGGCCACUGACAUACGCUGGCCUGGAACCUGAUGCAAAGGAAGCGCUAACACCAAACCAUUUUGUUCGCGGCGUAGGACUAAUGAGUUCUGAGUCGUUUAUCAGACCUACCAAUGAAGCAGAGGCACUGCGGGACAGCUUCAAGCGGUCACAGUUUUUGGCUGAUUGUUUGUGGAAACGAUGGACUUCUGAGUAUCUCCCGACGAUCAAUCAUCGCAGCAAAUGGCACUCUGAAAUGCCUCCUAUUGCAAAAGGUGAUCUUGUGUAUAUUGCGGACGAGAAUAUCCGAAAGCAUUGGGUUAGAGGGGUUGUAACCGAGGUAUUCAGUGGUGCUGAUGGUAGGAUCAGACAGGCUUUGGUGAAAACAGCAAAGGGUGAGUUCAGGCGGCCGGUGGUGAAGCUUGCGGUGCUUGAAGUCCAGGGUCGUAAAUCUACUGCGGCUGACGCUUUCGCACCAGAGUUACGGGGAGGGGCUAUGUACACACCGCUACGCACAGUCGACUAAGGCCUACCUGCAUGAGUUAACCAUCUUGCGACGAAAUGUCAGAAAAGGCACCAGAGUGAAUAAAAACAGUAUAGAAAGGAGAAAAUAGAUAAACAAAAGGCAAACGGAUGAAUUGAGUUGGAUAGUUUUUGAAAGUGUAUUGAAAUUUACAGAGAAAUCGUUAGAAUUUCUAAAAGGAAUUUAUUGCCGCUGAUAGCCAAAUAACUGCUGGAUCCUGAGAGACCUGAAAAAAAGAAAAAUAUUGUAAAAUUAAUAAAGAAACUGUAAAAUGUAAGUAGAACCUGAAAAGAAAAGAAAUGAGAUUAAUUAAAUACAUAAAAUUUCAGUUUCAAGCUGCGAAACAAGAAAAUUGCUGCUUUGAAAAUUAGUUUGUUGUGACGACCCCGAACACCAACCAUGUCAGGAUCGAAUGGAGCAAUUCACGUUCUGUUGAGAAAGUAAAAUAAAAAGUCGUAUUCAUCGGGUUUAUAAACCACUCUUUGUACUUAUGCGGAUAACAUUCUUUUGCUUUUUCUUAGACACAUAGGUGUUGCCGAUUCUUUGCUCAACGAACAGUUAUUUCGGAGUGUCCAGCUUGCUGCUAAUGGGAACAUUCUAAUCGUAAAGGCCAUGGUGGCUCUGAUAAUUGAUGGGAAUGGCGGAUCUCUCGGCUGAAGGAGGCCUCGAUGUUCAUAGCUUAGAAAUUGGAUAAAUUAGGUUUAGAUACAAUUUAUACUGGAAAAAUUGAACACCUAGGAGUACUAAAUAACGGAUAGUUUAUUCUUGCGAUGCUUCACAUACAUUAGUUGGAUGUGGAACAAAUAACAGUAUGGGGAUUGAUUCGUAUACACAUAUUUGUGCGUAUGUGUGGAGCUUCAAAGAAACGCUUCCAAAUAUUGAAAUUAGUUUGACCGAACUAGGAGUCCGACAAUGAAUUUUCUGUCUGGUUCACAAAUCUCGAUAGAUAGGCCCGAUGCAACGGCAGAGGACUUCGAUGGAUUAUAGUCAAUUAAAAACAAAUGUACUAAUGUCUAUUGAUACUGAUUUUUUGUUCAGAAAAUUUGCUGCUAUAACAUGCUGUAACAUACAUGAAAUUGGGGUUUUCAUUUUUUGUAAUGCCAAAUAUCUACAAAUUGUAUAAAUUGUCGAGAUGUACUAUGUAUCAUCUCGAAAAAUUGUUUUUUUUGGUCAAAAAUCGACUCUCUGGGACUUCUUUUUUUCAGAAUACGAGGCAAAACGUAUGGUUUAGGGUGCCAAUGAAAAUAAUUAUCGGAGGGGCCUUCGAAUGUAAUUUGAGAUUCUAUAAAAAUUGAUAUUAUUCUCGCAUGACAAAAAUAUUGAUUGAAUUAAAAAAACAUAAUUUCCCUAAAUUAUAUACCAUACCUGUUGUCGCACUCAAUGCAAAACUUCUAGUGGAAACCUUCUGUUUAUCCAGUUUUACAACGUUUAUCCAGUUCAACAACGCGAAUCAAACAAUUCAUUUCACACGUUCCCGCCGGCGCUGUAAUUCAUAAUCCUCGCCAUCUAGCGGCUGCGCUUAACACUUUCGGCGCCCCGUCACCCACAUAUGGGUGACACUUUCCUCGUUCAAAUUGAAUAGGAUUGUUAGAAGGAAUUUGAUAGAAUAGGCGCCUAAAUGUAACUAUAAGAUAUGAAGAAAAAUAAUAAAAUCACAACCAUAAUAUUAUACUGUUUAUACUAUACUUUUCAUUAAUUUAUAGUACGGAUGGUUUGUACUGCGGUUUUUUGCAAGACCCCUAGAAUAUGACUUUGGCAUGUGUUAUUGUCAUAAAUUCGUUUUCAAUUGAAAACAAACAUUGCUAGAUCAGGUAAAAGUUUUAUACAAACUUAGUUUGAUCUUCAUUUAAUAAUUUAUUCGCAAGUUGGGCCCUGCAAGAAACUCAAAAACGUCGCGUUGGGCGACGAACGUGUUAGUGCUUUUCGCUCUAUCGAACGGAACCUAUUCCAGGCAGUGUUUACCGAUUGAACAUUUCAUCAGAAUUAUUCACUUUCGUUUGUUCAAAUAUAAUCUUGAAGAAGGCAUUUCCCCCAGUGGCAUUCGUUUCGAGUCACGAUUAAGAAUUUUAUCAAACAAAAACUUUUUCCAAGGUGAACUUUUGAACUUUUAUGGAGCAAAUGUUUCAGAGUAAUCGAUUUUAGAGCUUUUAAAUUGUUUUGAUGAACAGUGGGGUGAGAUUUAAAAGGCGAUUAUUGAUCAAAGUUUUUCAUAUAUUUCAUAUAAGUUUUGUUCAAUUGGAAGUCAAAAUUGGAUUUUGAACUCAGAAAACUAUUUUUAACAUAACUAUGGAAGAUGAUUUUCUCUGCCAAUGACCGUUCCGUAAACUAAUCUUAUUGGUAGAUUCUUCAACGAUGAUUUAUGUUCUAUUUCUGUUCCAACCCUGAAUUAAUUACAAUCCAUACUUCCUUUUCCCAAAUCAGAGUGAGACAGCAAUGUCUAACACAAAAAGAGAGAAAAGGUAAACUUACAUGAAACACUACAUAAAUAAAUCAUCAAACAACUGCAGGGUCGUUACAGUGAACAUAACGUAGGAAUUAUGUUAACAAUCAAGAGUUCAUCAAUUCUUCUUAAAUUACCUUACUAGACAGUUACAGGAACAGAAUACUUAUCUUACUCCGUACAACACACAAAAACUGAACAUUUUUAAACCAUCGCUAGACGAGAUAAAGAGAGAGAAAAGAGAAAGUAUGUCACAAAUUAUUUAACAAUUUGGUCGCACAGACGCGCACAAAGCUUUACUAUACUCAUUCAAACCACACUAUGUAAAAAAUAAAGUAUAUUUACAACAGAAAUCAGCUCCAAAUAUGCUGCUAAGUGGAGUGAAUACAUAUUGUUUUGAUUUAUAUCGUCCAUGACUUAGUGUUCGGUAUUUUAAAAAAAUCGAAGAAGAAAUUAUAUUGUUUUAAUCACAAAUGCUUUAAGGGAAACCUUCGGAAAAUUUUUACUCCCCCCAUAAUUUACAAAACUGACUACAACAGUACGGCAAUUAAUGAAGCAAGCAUACUCUUAUGACGUUCACAUAUUGUUAGCGGUUAAAUGAAAAAUACUAUUUUAAAUAUCUCCACAGAACAGCUACUUCCUUCAGCGUUUUAACGGCGACAAAAGUCUUUCCAAUCUCGAAUGCGCAAAUUAUUCCAAUUAGGGGAAAUGAUAGCGCGAAUAGACACAAUACACCUUAACACAACACUUGUAACUGUUCUGAUAGAUUAUGACACACACACAUACACACUAUUCUAGUUUCGAAUCGAAACACAUCGGUGCACCCGGACGCAGGAUACGCGGAAAUGUUCAGGAAUUCGUUUCAGAGUGAGGCGGUAGGGCAAAAUAAAAUUAGGAAAAGUUGGAAAAACUGACUAAAAAAAGUGAUAUUUAAACAUAAACAUUGAUAGCAUUCAGAAGGAAUACCUACGAUAUUGAACAUGAUUACUAUUGUAACUAUCGAUCAAAAGCAAAAAAAUUGUAUUGAUUAAUGGGAAAAUUACGAGUUAUUAAAAGCAAACCAAGAAUUCUCGAUAACGUUGAA